AUGUUGUGGAAUGUGAGAUUCGUAGAUCAUGGAAAGCUUUAUUUUGAUUGCGCGUUUGGCCCAGAGGAGUGUCACGGACUCAAGCUGCACGCAUGCGCUAUCGACAUACUGAAGAACAUCUCCCAGUCAGAAUUCUACAACUCUUGCAUGAUGAAUGGUACUUGGGGAGGCAAGGGGUCAACUGAUAAAGACGCUAUCAAUUGCGGAAACAUAAUGAAAAUAAACUCGAAGCCUAUCAUUGAGUGUGCUAAUAGUGCAAGAGCCGAUGCUCUACUGGAAUAUUACGGUAUAGAAACCGACAAGGUAACAAACCCAAGGUAUAAGGCCAUGCCGCUUAUAUUGCUGAACGGAAAGAAGUUUGACUCGGACAAUCUAAUGAAGACAAUCUGCCAAACUUUAUCUAAGCCGCCACCAGAGUGCAAAUGAUAUUUUUAAGUUACCUAUUGAAAAUUGUUUAUAUUAUGUGUCCAUUUCAAAUAAAAACCUUAUCGUGUUGAACAAUA